UGUUGAACCACAUUUGGAACAUCGUAAUUGUUUGCAGUUGUGUGUAUGAAUUGCAAUGAGUGCAAUUACCGUUGAAUAUAACUAACCCAUUCACCCCAUUGUCCAUUUCUUUCGCAUAUUGGUUCUAGAUUUGGAUGAUUUUCUCAUCUCCCACGUAACAGCCACUAAAGCCAUUGUUUUUGGUCUUCAUUUUCAUUUUCCUCAUCUGGGUUUCCUUCUCAGAAAGCAUGCAUUGCACUUAGCUAAGCUUUCCAUUUGAUCCAGACAGUACUUCAAACAUGUUAUUUCAAUUUCAGUGGUGUUGUUAACUAAAACUACAUUUUUUUUCUUUUUUUUUUGCCUUUUCUGUUGAUAGAGAUCUUUCUCUAUUGAAGUGGAAGUGUUCAACAUCUGAUGACAAUGAGGAUAAAGCAAAGUUUUUUGUGUUUUGUAUGGAUUUUGCUUUGUGGGUCUUGUUUGGGAUCGUUUGUGGUGGAGAAGAACAAUUUGAAAAUCACUUCCCCAAAUUCAUUGAAAGGUAUAUAUGAAUGUGCAAUUGGGAAUUUUGGGGUCCCCAAGUAUGGAGGAACCAUGAUUGGCUCAGUGGUGUACCCGAAGACCAAUCAGAAUGGAUGUCAACCCUUUGAUUCCUCGUUGAGUUCCAAGCCCGGAACCUUCCCCAGCUUUGUUCUUAUUGAUCGAGGAGAGUGCUACUUCACUUUAAAGGCGUGGAAUGCACAGAAAGGUGGAGCGGCGGCCAUUCUUGUUGCAGAUGAUAGGACAGAACCAUUGAUCACCAUGGACACACCUGAAGAAGGAACUGGCUCCAGCAAAGACGAUUAUAUUGAGAAGAUCAACAUUCCUUCUGCCCUUAUCAGCAAAUCACUAGGGGAUAAAAUCAAGAGUUCUCUCUCUAGUGGGGAAAUGGUUAAUGUGAAUCUUGAUUGGAGAGAGGCUCUUCCUCACCCUGAUGAGAGAGUUGAGUAUGAGUUUUGGACAAGUAGCAAUGAUGAGUGUGGACCAAAGUGUGAAAGUGAAAUUAACUUUGUCAAGGGUUUUAAAGGGGCAGCUCAAUUACUAGAGCAGAAAGGGUUUGCAAAGUUUACACCUCACUAUAUAACUUGGUAUUGUCCAGAAGCAUUUAUAUUGAGCGAACAGUGCAAGUCCCAGUGCAUAAAUAAUGGAAGAUACUGUGCACCAGAUCCUGAGCUAGAUUACAAAAGAGGGUAUAGUGGUAAAGAUGUUGUUAUCCAAAACUUACGUCAAGUAUGCUUCUUUAAAGUGGCAAAUGAAAGUGGAAAGCCUUGGCAAUGGUGGGACUAUGUGACUGACUUUUCAAUCCGCUGCCCAAUGAGAGAGAAUAAGUAUACUGAAGAAUGCUCAGACCAAGUUAUUAAAUCUCUUGGUAUUGAUUUGAAGAAAGUUAAAGAUUGUGUCGGAGAUCCUGAUGCAAAUGUCGACAACCCUGUUCUCAACAAUGAACAGGAUUCACAGAUUGGUAACGGCGAUCGUGGAGAUGUUACUAUACUACCUACUCUUAUUAUAAACAACAGGCAAUAUAGAGGUAAGCUAUCAAAAGCAGCAGUACUCAAGGCAAUAUGUUCAGGCUUCCAAGAAACUACCGAGCCAUCAAUUUGCUUAACUCCAGACAUGGAAACUAACGAGUGUUUGCAGAACAAUGGUGGUUGUUGGCAGGACGCUGCUGCUAACAUUACUGCGUGCAGGGACACUUUCAGAGGAAGAGUAUGCGAAUGCCCAGUUAUACAAAAUGUGCAGUUUGUUGGUGAUGGAUAUACCCAUUGUGAAGCUACAGGGGCCUUGAGGUGUGCAAUCAACAACGGAGGUUGUUGGAAAGAAACCAGAGGUAGCACGACUUUCUCUGCUUGUAUUGAUGACCACACCAAAGGUUGCAAGUGUCCACCUGGAUUCCAGGGAGAUGGAGUCAACUCCUGUAAAGACCUGGAUGAAUGCAAGGAGAAAUUGGCCUGCCAGUGCCCAGAAUGUCAAUGCAAAAAUACUUGGGGAAGUUAUGAAUGCUCAUGUACUGAUGGUUUGUUCUACACGCGAGAAAAUGAUAUGUGCAUUGGAAAAUAUGCUGCUUCGGUGACCGGUGGGGGCAUCGUUUGGAUGGUUAUUCUGAUAUUGGCUGUUGCUGGUGUCGGGGGGUAUGCAUUUUACAAGUACAGAAUCCGGAGAUACAUGGACUCUGAGAUAAGGGCAAUUAUGGCCCAAUAUAUGCCCUUGGAUAAUCAACCGGAGACUUCUAUUCAAACUCAAGGAGAUGUCUAGAAAGUAUGGGAAUCCCAUCUCUAUGCAAAGACGAAUUUGAUAUCUUGGACAUUCUCUACAGUUGGUUAGUUAUUAACACAGACAAACUGCUUAACCCGAGGCUCUCCUAGCAUCAGGCUUAGUUAGUAUCAUCCUUACCCCUCAAAUCUCUUUUUCUUUCUGUUUCUUUUCCUUGUUUUUUCUCUUUUUCUUCCCUCGAAGUGGAUGGUUUGUUUUGCUGAGGAAGCAUUAAUAUGGAGUAGAGUCAUGUCCUUUUACUAAUUUAGGCAACUAGAAAUUGGCACCGUAUUUCUAUUCAUCUGGGGAUGUUAGAUACGGCAUGGAAAGAGACAUUAUUUGGUAGAAAUGAUCAAUUUUGCUUUCUUCUAUUAUUUUUUAUUCCAGUUUGUAAAUUUUAUGAAUAAUAUCUGUAGUUUGAUGCUGCCAAUGACCUACUAAAUUAAUUGCAAAGCUCCCAAGAGUCAGGAUCAAACAAACCUAAACUUUCAACAGAGCUCUUGCCGGUUGAUUGGAAAAUGUCCUGAUAGCUCAAAUUUCCAGGGGAAUAAUUCAUUUUGUAUCUUUUAACCCUAGCUAAAGGUUGCUACCGCAUUGGCACAGCAAUUGGGAUUAUA